AUGACGGAGGGUCGAACGGUGACUUCCGUCGGGCUACUGAAGGUGCGGGGGCCACACGACGGUGGCCACAGGAGGGGCGUCGCACCUCUAGCAACGGCAGCGACUUCCUUGACCGCGGGCCGCACUGGGCCGAUGCGGUUUUUGCCACGACCGGCGAACGCGAGGGGAGGCGAAAAGCAACCUGUUUUGGUGACGGCGGCCGAGAUGCGCGGCGAGGAAGCGAGGACGGGGCAGGUUUUCGGAGGUGUUAAAAUUUUUGGAUUUGAUAGAGGAAUGGAUGAUGAAAUAAGUGAACCUCCAGAUGAUGUUUGUGGUGAAAGCACCACCUUUAGUGAACCACGAAACACUGUUGUUAGCCCCGAAUUCGACGUGACAAGUGAUUCGAAAAAUUUGAUCAAUGAGCUACCCGACGACAUUCUCAUUUCCAUUCUCUCCCGGUUGAGUUUGAAACAAGCUGCACAAACCACCAUCUUGUCUCGUAGGUGGGUUAAACUGUGGACGCUCACCCGCAGAUUGGUUUUUGAAGACCCAAAAUUCAAUUCCAAAUCCCUUGAGGCCAUAAGGCAAAAUAUCAGUAGUCGGGUCAACAGGACACUCCUAUCACAUCAGGGGAAUCUCAUUAGUUGGGUCAACAAAACACUCCUAUCACAUCUGGGGAUGACUUUGGAUGAGUUCACCGUAUGUUCUGACCUCGACGCGGGAACUUGCCUGCCUGAUAUCGACAAGUGGAUCGUAUUUGCUCUUGAAAAGAGGGCACGAUGCCUUUGCUUGGGAUUUGAUUGUUUGUCAAGCAAAUACACCCUCACGACUCGGUUUCUUGCCGGUCAAGCCAUAUGUUUCCUUGAAGUUGUCCGCUUGAGCUCAUUGCAGGUGAGUGAGGAAGUCGUGGAGCACAUUCUAUCCGCUUGCCCCUUGCUUCGGCUGCUUAGAUUGGAGGAUUCGGAAUCCCUUGCGCGGCUUCGGGUUUCGAGCCCUGUUCCCAAUCUUAAAACAUUGGAAAUAAUGGACUGCCCGUUGGAAUACAUAGAAAUUUCUUCAGCCACUAGUCUUGUGUCCUUUUCGUACAGUGGUCAGAGGCCAAAGGGAACUAUUACAAACGUCCCGAAUCUAGUGGAGGCUUCCAUUGGGGGAGCAUGUGCGGACUUUGUUGUUAACAACAGCUGCCACUUUUCGGGUUUCCUCUCGCGAAUGGAGACGCUUGAUCUCAACUUGAAAUUCGAGGUUUCAUGGCCGUCAUGGCAUGAGGUAUAUAGGGACCGUGUGGAGGAGAUGGAGGCAGAACCAGAGCACGAGCAUCUCAAGGUAAUCGAGUUUGUUGGAUUUCAGGGCGGUGUUGUUGAAGUUGAGCUGCUGUUGUGUUUAAUGGGCAGAGCCGUUUCUCUCAAGAGCUUGAUAAUCCAUCCCUCAUUCGAGCAUCUUUUCCACGUAAAAAUGCGCUGCGAGAAAGCAACAGCUGUUGCAAAGAAGCUCAAAACAAGGUUGCCUCCCGGUGCAGAACUGGUGAUAAUCCAUCCUUGA